AUGAAUGCUCCAGUUGAUCCAGAAGAUCCAGAAGGGAAUGAUCAAACUAAAUUAUUAUUAGAAAGGAGUGAUAGCGAAAAAAGUCAACACAGCCAAAAAAGAUAUACUAAAGGAAGUCGUUAUGAUAGUAAAAUGGUGGCAGAGGAUUAUAAUGAUUUAAAUGAAUCAAUUUAUAUUGAAUUAUUAAAUAACAAUGAUAAAGACGAUAACAAUUAUAAAAAUAAUGAAAAUUAUAAAAAUGACAAUUUUAAUUAUUAUUAUAAAAAAAGUGGGUAA